CGAUCAACACGACGCCAUCGUCUUGCUGGGCGCGUUCAACACGUGCUAGCUCACCACUACGAGCAGCGACUAUCACUGGAACAAGAGGAUAAGCUCGCCGAUUGGAUCCUUCGUGAAGGUAGCUGCACGCGCCCACCUAGUCAUGCGCUUCGGCAAACAGUAAUCCAUGUCCCCAGGCAGAACAGUGACACUACCCCUCUAAGCCAGCAUUGGAUCUUCAGCUUCUCAUGUUGCAACCCGCGCGUCCGCUAG